AUGGCCUUCAACUUCAACUGGUCGCCGCUCUCGACUGAUGCAGGCUUCCUCCCCCGGGCCCAAGAACUUCUCACCAAUGCCCUCAAUCGCGCCGACCCCAAACCUGCCAUCAUUGUCGACGACAUCAUUGUCAAUGAGCUCAACCUUGGCAAUGUGCCUCCCGAGUUGGAAAUAUUGGAGAUUGGGGAUUUGGCAGAGGAUCGGUUCCGCGGCACUUUCAAGAUGAUGUACAAGGGGAACGCAUAUCUGACGUUGAAGACAAAAGUUCAGGCCAAUCCGUUGAAUACCUAUCUACGGACGCGGUCUGCAUUUGCGACACCACAACCGCUGGCUGCGGAUACAGGGUUGACUAUACCGCUCCAGAUCACGUUAUCCGAGUUCCGCUUGUCCGGAUUUAUCAUUUUGGUCUUCUCACGGCAGAAGGGGUUGACACUGGUCUUUCGAAAUGAUCCGCUCGAGUCACUGCGCGUGUCCUCGACUUUCGACUCGAUACCAUUCGUGGCGAAUUUCCUGCAAAAAGAGAUCGAAACACAGUUGAGAGGGUUGUUGAUGGACGAGCUGCCAGCGAUCAUCCAUCGGCUCUCACUACAACUACUCGUUCCAGAGCGCAACGCGAGCGAAGAACGCAAACUCUCGGCAGUCCCGGUAUCGAAGGACGAAGUCGUCAUUGAUCCACUAGCCAGCCCCCCACAAGAUCCCGUCGACUCUACCGGAGCAGUCCUGACUCCUGCAGAGGUUGCUUCCUUAUCGCUCGACUCGUCAAUUGAAACCCAGUCGCUGUUCUCGCGCAAGAAUCUCAUCCGCCUGGCCACUCUGACCGACUCGCAUAGGACUUUGUCGCUUUUCACGCCGUCGAUUCGCGACGCUGUCUUUCGAGCCUGGACAGGGCCGCUGGAACGGGGAGAGAUGCCAGGUCUUUUGACCCGGACAACAACCCCCGCCCUGUCCAGGACUCACUCGUACGCAGGCAGUCUCAGCACCACUACUGGCUAUACCUUCGACAGCGGUUCUGCCAGACCGACUUUGCACAGCCAUGUUUCUUCAAGUCAUGGCUUGAGCAUGAAUAGUGGCAGACAGGGCCACCGAACACGGAAGAGAAAGAAGCGCGUUGUUGAUUUACGCCCGCAUCCAGAGACAGGAGAACCGGAAAUGGUGGUCGAUGAUGGUUCCACAGCGGACUCGGCGAGUGUUUCCGAAAGCACCUCCACCGCGGCGUCUGUAUUCUCAGCGCCCGCGGCUACCAUGUCCUCGGAUGCCAGCCAAGGUCUUAAUCCUGUCACGCCACCGAGGAGUCCCACGUCGAUCCAGCGAAGUGCAGCGUUAGCGGCCGUCAGACAGAGUCUUACUGAUGGUGCUCCCGGGCCGAGCAUUUCCGUCGACCGUGACGAGCCCCCUAUGGACGUCCACCAAACACCGCGGGCUAAGGACGCCAACGCGACCAUUCGCCUACGUUCGCGGAGAACCAUACCCGCCACUUCCGACGAUGACGAGACGCCUCGAGCAUCGAUGUACUUGGCGGGUCAAAAGGCGCCAGCCGCACCUGUUGCCAGUGACACAACAACAGCUGCAGGCGAAAAGACAGCCGUCCCAGCUCGAGCAGGGCCGUCUCGUCCAGGGUUUCCGAAUUUCAUGCAGUACGUCACGAGCUCCACCAACGCCACCUCUAUCGCGGAGCAAGCGUGGAUGAUGAAAAUGGCAAACGAAAUGGCCCGGCGGUACGAGGAGGAACGGCUGAAAGGGAGCUUUGGCCUGGCUUCUCCAAGAGAAGAAGACGCGAAUCCUCCUCCGCCUGCUUAUGCGCAAUGA